AUUAAACAUCUUGCGCUAUAAGUGACACUUGUAAUGGAAAUCAAUGUAGAAAAUUCAGGAUUAACUAGAUUCAUCCCGUACUUUUAAUGCUGACACUAAACUCGAAGAAACUGGGAGCGUAAAAUACCAAGCUAAGUUGGUUAGGAUCCAAACUUGGACCAUACCAGGCACAGGUUAAAUAUAAUGCCUGCAGAUGACGAGAAUGAAGAAAAACCAAAAGAGAAUAAUUCUGGAAACGCUCGGAGCAUUUUAUCUAACUUUGCCUCCUCGACAACUGCGCAUGGCUGUUCUCAGAUCAAUCAGUCCCAAUCCUCCGUCGCUAAAUGUGUGUGGCUCCUCAUCUUCAUUGGAUGCACCAUCGGGGCGAUCAUUUGUAUCACUGCUCUCCUUCAGAAGUAUUUUGCGUUUCCAACAAAGGAUGUAAUUGUUUUAAAAACAGGGGCCAUCGCGGCACCCUCAAUCAGUGUAUGUAGCCUUAAUCCGAUUCCAUCAUCAUUCAGGACGAGAUUGAGUGGAAUUGCACCAGACAACAAAGUUAAUACAGUUCUGCGAGCAUUGGAUCUAGCGUCGGAGCGUGUCGCGAACACAUCUUUCGGUUUACAUGAGAAGCUGUCAGAAUCAUACCUAAGAUUGAACUCUUACAUAUGGAUCUAUGAAAACGCACCGGGUGAAAACGAAACGUUGCAGUUUGCACAUGAAUUGGACGACCUCGUCGUGUCGUGUAUGUACCAGGGCAUCCCCUGUGACAAGUCAACAGUAAAGAUUUUCACCAACCCUUACUUUUAUAAAUGCUACACAUUCAACGCAAUGGAUUACAAUGAUACAUACAAUGGACCCUUUAUCCAUUCUACCGGUACUAAAAGUGGGAUCAGUAUGUUAUUUUUUCUAGACACACACGACUCAGGGGAGACACUUUAUAACCCGUAUUGUCCCCUUGGAGGCAACACGGGUGUACGUGUGGUAAUACAUCAGCCUGGUACAAUACCAGAUCCCUUCAAUGACGGUUUUGAUGUUGCUCCGGGUUAUUCAACCAAUGUCGGAAUAACGAAAAGGAAACGGGAGCUACUUGGGCGACCCUGGGGAGACUGUGAGAGACGAGAGAAACUCGAUGAUGGGUUGCCGUUCUUAUAUGACAGGCGGUCUUGUAAGCUCCUUUGUCUACAGGCAUUUGUCGCUGAAAGAUGCGGAUGUGUCACAUCUUAUCUACCCAUAUCAGAAAAUAUGAAAAACAUUACUCGAUGCGGCCAAAUGGAUUUGGAAAAUUUUAAUUCUGCGUCUCCUAACUUGACGACUCUAGAACAUGAGUUGGACAGGUUAAGUUGUGAAUUGAAAUCGGUUUACGUCAUACUUGACGAUCAAGAUGAUGUUGACUGUGAUUGCCCACAAAGCUGCGAACGUGAUAUUUAUGACUACACACUGUCCCAGUCCGAGUGGCCCUCCGGAGGUGUUCAAUUACAUUUUUACCGACAUAUUGCCCACCUAAAAGGAGAGGCCUAUUUCAACUCUUCUAUGUAUCACCUUUUGGAUGACAAAGUAAACACAAACGACAGCAUGGUUAACAUGAAGAACCAGAGAAUGAUCCAACAGAACUUUUUACGCGUCAAUACAUUUUUCACUUCAAUGGACACAGAAAUUGUUAAACAGGUUGAGGAAUAUCCAUUUACUGAUAUGAUAUCAGGUGUGGGUGGAGGGUUUGGUGUCUACGUAGGUUUCUCCAUUGUCACUAUGUGUGAGUUUUGUGUGCUGUUUGUGCAUCUCCUACGAGCGAUGAUAAUGGACAGAGAGAAGCGCAAAGUUAAGUCAGCUGAAUUACAUUCGAGUAAGGUAAUUCCAACAAAAACGGCAUGGUGAAACAAUAAAUGUCGCUGAUUAUAUACCCCUAAA